AUGGUGAUCUACAGCCAUAAUCACAGUGAUUAUUCUGAGAAAAUGCAGAGAUGUCAAGAUUAUAUAAAGGCCUUAGAAGAAGAACGUCGUAAGAUUCAAGUGUUCCAACGUGAACUCCCUCUUUGUCUUGAUCUUGUCACCCGAGCAAUUGAGGCAUGCAAGCAGCAAUUAUCUGGAACAUCAACUGAGUAUAAUUUACAUGGGCAAUCUGAAUGUUCUGAGCAGACAUCAACUGAAGGGCCAGUUUUGGAAGAAUUUAUUCCUAUAAAGAGAAAUUCUGAUGAUGAAGAACGACAAUCUAAGAAGCCAAAGGAUAAUACUAGUGUUAAAGAUAGCAUAAAUGGGAGUGAAAAAAGUUCCAAGAAAUCAGAUUGGCUUAGAUCUGUUCAACUAUGGAAUCAAACUCCAGAUCUACCCCGCAAAGAGGAUUCACCAAGAAAAGUGUCCGUUGUGGAGGUGAAGAGAGAUGGCAGUAGCGGUGCAUUUCAUCCAUUUAAGAAAGAGAAAAGUGUUGGCACUUGUGGUGCUACAACUGCUACUGUGCAAGGGUCAAUUAAUAGGGAGGUACCGGUGGCUGCAGCCAGUUCUUCGGUGGAGACAGGUGGUAGCGUUGGCGGUGGGAGUGGUGGAAGUAAAAAGGAAGAGAAGGAAGGAAGGAAGGCAAGGAGGUGUUGGUCACCUGAGUUACAUAAAAGGUUUAUACAAGCCCUUCAACAACUUGGUGGUUCACAUGUUGCUACACCUAAACAAAUUAGGGAAUUGAUGAAGGUUGAUGGCCUUACAAAUGAUGAAGUUAAAAGUCAUUUACAGAAGUAUAGGUUGCACACGAGGAGGCCUAGUUCUUCAAUCCACAACAACAACAACAACACACAGGCGCCACAGUUUGUGGUGGUGGGAGGAAUUUGGGUGCCACCUUCGGAAUAUUCUGCAAUGGCGGCAACCACCACAUCCAGGGAGACACCGGUAGUUGCCACCACUUCUAAUGGAAUCUAUGCGCCUAUUCCUGCACUACCACCACCCUUCCAAGAGACAAUAACAUCCCCUAAACAGAGACAGCAACAUAACCAAUCGAAUUCUGAUGAUCAAGGCAGCCAUAGCGAAGGCCGUGUUCACUCUCAUUCCCCAGCCACCUCCUCGUCCACGCACGCAACCGCUGCCUCGCUGGCUUAUUGA